AGAUGAUUAAAAGAGGCAAAAAGCAGAAUUCUGCACAUCUUGGGAAUACUAAAGAGUUAAAGGAUGAGAAGACUGAAAUACCAGGCGCAUCCAAAUCUAACAUGAAAAAAGCUGCUGAGGAACGUGUUCGAGAGGGCAAUGCUUUCGCUAAGUUUGAUUCGCAAUGCAAAUCAUGGCGGCUAAUUGUGCGCAAUUUGCCAUUUAAGACGACGCAGGAAGAUCUAGAAGCGGUGUUUGCCAGCAUUGGCCCAUUCACUGAAAUUGUUUUGCCAAAAUGCAAAGAUAAACGGUUUCCAAAUUCGUGUGCUGGUUUUGCAUUUAUCCAAUUCCGCAAACGUCAAGAUGCAGUGAAGGCCAUCGAGAAAUUAAAUACAUCUGAGGUACUGGGAAGAAAAAUCGCAAUCGACUGGGCUUUGUCGAAAGAUACCUACGAGACAGCAGUACAUGAAGAAAAGCAGAGAAAUCAGAAAAUGAAGGAAGAAAUCAAACAAGAGGUUGAAUCGGACAAUGUCAGUAUCAUUGAGGAGAGAGAAAGAGGUGUUAGCGAAAUAAAGGAAGAAGUAAUGAGCGAAUCUGAUGAAGAUAUUCAAAAAGUUGAAAAAAAGCCGGAAAAACAAACUGAACGAGAAUUCAAGGAAGACAAAGCAGUAUUGGAAGGACGUGUCGUAUUUAUCAGAAAUUUGUCAUAUGAUACAACAGAUAAGGCGUUAAGGGAAGCCCUGUCGAAGUUUGGAAAUAUUUCAUUGGCAAUUCUUUGCCGUUACGCGGGCAGUGAACACCCAAAGGGAACUGCUUUUGUGCAUUUCGAAACACCUGAUGGAGUGGAAAAGUGUUUAACAGCCCUUGAUCAGGCUCCUGGUAUAUCAAUUGGCGGUCGUCGAGUUUUCGGUCAUCGGGCAUUGCCAAGAAGUGAAGCAGCAAAAAUUGAAAAGGAAAAGCUGUCAAAAAAGCCAAAAGACAAGCGAAAUCUUUUCCUUCUUCGCGCUGGUUUUAUACGACCUGGUACAACUGCUGCAGCUGGUAUGAGUGAAACAGAUGCCGAUAAGCGUGCUCGUUUGGCAGUAGCUGCACGACAAAAGCUAAAGAAUCUCCAUAUGUUUGUCUCUCCGACGCGUUUGGUUGUUCACAAUUUACCAAAAUCUUUAACCGAUAAAGCCUUUAGAUCGAUGUGCUUUAUUGCAGCUGGCAAUCCGGAUGCAAGAAUAACUGAAUGUCGAAUUUGGAGAGAUAAAAAUAAAUUAGAUACAUCUGGCGAAGCCGUAUCUCGAGGUUUUGGCUUCGUCAACUUUUCAAGCCAUCAGGAUGCAUUAUCAGCUAUGAAACACUUGAAUAAUAAUCCUGAUAUAUUCACCAAGGAAAAGAGGCCCAUUGUUGAGUUUUCCAUUGAAAACCUGGUUGCCCUUCGGCUUCGUGAAUCAAGACUGGAGAAAUCACAGCAGAAGCAGUCAGGCAAUGAACAAGUUGUAUCUGGUAAGAAUAAGCGAGAUUUGGAGCAAACAAAGAAGCAUCUUUCGGCUGGUGGACAGAAACCCCUUCCCUCUUAUUUGGGACCCAAAAUUCGAAGAAAAGAUGCCACGAUGAAAAAGACCCAGGCGAAGGAAAAAAUCAGCAGGAAAAGAAAGCUGCAGACAAGGAUGUCUGAAAUAGUGCCGAAGAAGAAAAAGACAAACCGUUCCAAACAGCUUACGAAGUACCUUACCCUGUCAGGCUAA